AUAAUAAAUAAUAUUGAGGAAUUAUGAAUUUUAUUUCGAAUGAUGAAUUUGUUAACUAAGGUAAAAUGUUGUGUAAUGUAUAUUAUUCAUAUCAUAUCAGUCAAAAUGAGCAGGAACGCUACGACUGACAUCUACCAAUUUACUUUUACACAACUCUCCUGUCUACUCUAUUAAUUUUUCAACUAAGCUCAAGCUGAUUUUGUAUUUUUGUGAUUUUCUUUGUGAAUGGUGAGGAAGAGUCUUGCUUGUUGUUGAAGAGUCUUGCUUCCUAUUUAUUGUGAUUUUAAACACCAAUCGCUCCAGCUUUUGAUGAUCUUCAAUUCAAAAUGGCUGAGACCGAUGCUAAAUCAGUGAAUGAUGCAGCUGGAGCCAAAGAAUCUGGGGAUAAUUCCCAGUUAGCAGCAAAGGUGAAGUAUGAUUGGUACCAGACUGAUACACAUGUGGUGAUCACAAUUCUGGCGAAGAACGUAAAGCCAGAAAAUAUAUCAACACAAUUCGAAGAAAAUAAACUCGAUGUGAAAGCUAAGCUGCCUGACGAUUCACUGUACAAUCUCCAUUUGGACCUAUCCAAUCCAAUCGUUCCACCCCAGAGUAAUUUCAAAGUUCUCACAUCGAAGAUAGAAAUAAAGCUGAAGAAACUCGACGGAAUAAGAUGGCUCACUCUUCAAGGCGAACCAAAAUUAACCAUAAGCAAAGGUCGCGACUGGGACAAAGUGGUUGGAGAGAUUGAAGAUGAGAAAGCUGAAGGCGAUGCGGCUGUCAAUUCUCUCUUCCAGAAGAUCUAUUCUGAAGGCAGCGAUGAAGUGAAAAAAGCAAUGAACAAAUCAUUUCUGGAGUCCGGUGGUACUGUCCUGAGCACAAACUGGACAGAGGUGGCCAAAGACAAAGUCGAUAUCAAGCCACCUGAUGGCAUGGAAUGGAAAACCUGGGAAAACUAAUUCAUUUACCACUUUACCACAUUCAUUUACCACUAACUCAAACUCGGUUAUAUCUGCAUGUUUAUCAUUACUAUAAAAUAUUUUUCGUUGAGAUGAUGAAUAAACAUUUUCAUGUCAUUCUUAUUAUGUUUUUUAUUCAAUAAAUAUGUUGCUACUUGCACAACAUUACUAUUUACUAUUUUUCGUUUAGAUGAUUAUAGAUGAUUUCGUUUUUCACUUGAAAAUAAACUUGAAUAACUGUAAUUUUUUAUCGAAUGAUUGAAUAAUUUGUCAACAACGUUUUCUUUUUUAUAAAAUUUUAUUAAAAUCUUUAUAAAGUUA